UUGCUAAUAUUUUUAUCAUUUGUGGGAACACUGGAACUCGAGGGCAGCCAUUAUUAUUGUUGAUAGGUGUAGCGUUGUCUGGAUUGUUUUUAUUUUAGUGGAUAUGGACGAUUUGGAUGACAUGGAAACUGUUGAAAGUCUGAAUUAUGGUGAAGAAGGUGAUGGUGAUGAAGAAGAAACAAAACAAGCUUCGAGUUAUGAAACAAGGAGUGAAGUUUCAGAAUAUGAUACCCGGAGUGAAGCUAGUACCGCCAAAUCAUCUCGAAGUAGAUCAUCUGAUGGGAGACAUAGACAUCGCUUAGUUGUGGUUAGAAAAGAGACUUAUGAUUUUGCCACUAAAUUGAACUACCUAUUUCGUGAUGCAAGAUUUUUCGUCAUUAAGAGUAAUAAUGCAGAAAAUGUUGCACUCUCUAAAGCUAAAGGUGUUUGGUCUACAUUACCUCAAAAUGAUGCAAAAUUAAACCAGGCUGUAAGAGAAUCGAGAAACGUUAUCCUUGUAUUUUCUGUUAAAGAAAGUGGGAGAUUUGCUGGUUUUGCGAGAGUUGUUGGAGAGUCCCGACGUGGCGGAACUCCCAUAUCUUGGGUAUUACCAGCUGGUCUCUCUGCGAAGGCUUUGGAAGAUGUUUUUAAAAUUGAUUGGAUUUGCAAAAAAGAACUCCCAUUUUCUGCCACAAUGCACUUAUAUAACCCUUGGAAUGAAGGUAAACCAGUUAAGAUUGGUAGAGAUGGUCAAGAAAUAGAACCAAGAGUAGGAGCAGAAUUAUGUAGGCUUUUUCCUGAAGAUGAAAAUAUAGAUCUAACUCCAAUCUUAAAGAAAUCAAAGGAGCGAGCUCGACAACUGAAAGAGCGGCCCCAAGUAAGAAAUAGAAGAAGGCCAGAAAGUAGAAAGUAUAGGCGAAGAUUCCGAAGAAAUGCUAGGAGAAGAGAUUUAUAUUCUGAUGCGUAUAUGAGAUUAAUUCCACCUAUUCAUUAUGCACCACCUCCUCCUCCAAUGUUUGGUUAUGAUCCCCCACCUAGAUAUUAUGAUGGGCCAAUAUCAGAUUAUGGUUAUGACAAAAGGAGUUAUGAUAGAACUGUAGAAGAAUUCCUGUGGAGGACCAACAAACGAGAUCAUGAACGUAGCAGAGAGAGGCGCUACAGGGAACGUCGAUAAGUGUCUGUGUUCAAUUUGUGUUUUAUUUUAUAUGUAUAGACUUUAUAUGAACUCAUUUAAAUAUACAAAUUUCCUAUUGAAUUUUCAAAAGACUGUUUUUCAAAGACUCUGCCUUUGUUCUUUUUAAAGAACUAUAUGUUUAUACAUGUCUAAAGACUGAGUAUUUGUAUUUUAAAGAAUUGUGUUGUAGUGCUAUAGUUUUCAAGUGCCUUUAGAUUUACCUUUAAAUGUGUUGGACUUAGGUAUACCUGUUACCUCCUACAAUCCUCCCAGGAAUAUGUGCCUUAAUCCUACCUUGACCUACCUAAUUAUUGAAGUUUAUGUGAAUUAGUGGUACAUUCCAAUUUUAUAGACUUUCUUAUUGAAGGGUGCUCAUUGAAUUUCCUCAAUGAAGUUUCUUUGUGGUAAAGUGAUGAUUUUCUGAGACUUUCAACUUUUAGUCCAUUAGAACUCUGCUAGCUGUAUAAUAUUUCAUUAUUUCUUUAUUUUCUUAACCAUCAAAUGAACAGUUAAAACUAUAUUUGCUCAGUGUUAGCAACUAAGUCACCCAAAAAUCUUAUCAAGCAAAAAUUGUUUAAUUAGUAAGUAAUGUAAUUACAUCAUCUGUUCUUCAGUUAAUGGUAAGUAUCUUCGGUAAGUAAUUUCAACUUAUGGCUUCCAUUUUUUUUUUUCUCUUACUACUAAACUGAUGUAAUGAUGGAUGUAAAUGUUUAAUGCAUUCUACAAAUGAAAAAUAUGUAUUUCUCACACAUAUUCUUUAUUUGUAAAAAUUAAGACAUUGGAUUCUGUGCUUUUAAAUUUAUUGUUAAUUUAUUUUAUUUACUUUCAGGAAAAGUGUUAACUAUCAGCAGUGAUAGGGGAGAUCCAUCUGCUAUUUGACUUAAGAUUAGGGAUUAGUUAAGGGAAUGGUUCUUCCAGUGAGUUUUCCACUCUUGCUUUAAAACAGGAUUCAUUUCAACUUGCCCUUAUAAUUUGAUUAAUUUUGUUGAGUAGACCAAUGCCCCAGGUUUCUUUUAGUGCCCAAGCUUUUCCUGUACUUGGCCACACAGCACAAGUUAUAAUUUGCAUUACCAGUGUUUAAAUGUUGCCUACAUUGUGCUACAAAACACCAGUGUUAGUUCUUUGUUAUUUCUGCACCAUUGAUUAAACCUUGUUGAGAUCCUAAUUAAAUUAAGAAGUGUCAAUCUAAUGUGGUAGCUGAGUACAAGACAGCAGAACCCUACUUUAAAAAAUAUACCAAAAUUAGAUUUAUCUCCAUCCUUUAGUUAAGAAAUAAACUGCUUAUUAAUUAAAUUCCUUUUGAGAUGAAAUUAAAAUAGUAAAGAAUUUUAAAAGUGGCUGUUUAAAAAUACUCCUGCAUUCCAUGUACAGUGAGGCUUUGAGAUCUUUAAUCCAUUACCAACAAUUGUAAACAGUUAUUUUAAUUGUUCAUCCAAACUUUAAUAUAACAAAAUUAUUUAGUAACAACUCUUUUUUCCAUAGCUUCGUAUUAUUAUUAUAUUGUACAGGCAUUAUUUUAAUAACUCAAAAAAGAACAUACAACUAAUUUGAGUGUUGGGAAAUUAGCUUAUUUCAUAAUUAUUCUUUUAAAAUAUUAAAGUACUAACAACCAACCUGGUGCUGAAAAUAUUUUUUUCUUAAUUGCUUAUAUUCAUUGCUGUCCGAUGAGAAAAAGCAGCUCCCACCUUGGGUUAGACCCAUGGUAUAACUUGAAAUCAAGGAAUUGGUUGUUUCAAUUAUGUUACUUUGUAUUCAUCUUACUCCAGGUUAUUAUAUGUCAUCAGAACUCAACAGUUACGAGGAAAUAAAUUUGUAUGGAAACAAGAUGUGCUCUACGAAAAGAUAAAUAAUAAAUACAUGUUUUAUUCUCCAUUGCCGAUCUUCAACAUUUGCAUAAAUGAGUAUUUACGGAUGCUGUUUAUUGAUAUACUUUCUGUUUUCUUUAUCUGCAGUAACUUGUGGAACACCGAUAAAGUUAUUUCUGUACAUUUUAUAAAGAACUUAAAUUACUCCAGCUUCCAAAGAAUUUAUUUUGUUUUUCUGAACGAUUAAACUAUAUUGAUUGCUUCUGUAUUUAAUGUGUCUGCAGCCAAUGGAUCAAUUCAGAACUUGGAAAUAUUUAAUUAAAUUUCUCUUUUUAUUUUUAUGGAGAGCAACUAUCUAUUUUUUUGUCUUCAAAACGCAGAUUGUUUCCAUUAAUUGUUCCAGAUGGUUCAUUAGUUUUCUUGAAAAUGCCUUUUAAUUGUUUUGCUGACUAACCUUUUCUUUUUCUGAAAUGAAGACAAUUCCAAUUGUCAUAUGUAAAUGUACUUACUAUUUGCAGAGUAAUAAUUUAUCAUUUCAACUUAAUGUCUUGUAUAUUCUAAUAUUACAUUUUUAUAGGUUGUUGAAACAUUACAUGCUUUACAAACUUUUUUCCCUUCUACAACUGGUGUUGUUAAAUCUAUUGAGAAGAUUGAAUAUUUUUUUAUUAAAUUGAAUUGGAAAGAGUAAAAGUUAAUUUGUUACCAAAUCCCUUUGGAUAUAAAAUUAAGAAUAAAUUUGGCCUUAGAAAUAUUAUAACUUAAUAAAAGUAUUUCUUUUAUUUAAAAGAAGAUGAGAAAGGGAAUAUUCAAAUGUGAUUCAUUUUUCUAGGUAUUCAGUGAUUUUCCUUUCUUUUUUUAAAAAAAUAGAGGAGUGAUAGGGUGCUGACUUCCAAUGCUCAAGGUUCCAAGUUUGAGUCCAGCUGAUGGUUAAAUUAUUUAUUCUCUUUCAUCACCCUUUGGUCGAUUCUGGGUUUGGGAGACCCUCUUUGGGCACACAGAGCCUCCUAUAAUGCGGGUACUAUUAAUUAAAUACCUUGGUUCUGUGUAAUAUUGGUCAAAUCACUUCUUUGCACUAGUCA